GGAGCGGGGAGCGAGGAACAAGGAACGAGAGAGAGAAGUCCAUGUAACCGACUUCUCUUGUUUGGUGUGGUGUAACUUGAGGCGUACACUCGAGUGGAAGCUCCUUGUGAGAUGAUUCUCAGACACGUAGAUGAAUCAGUUCACACAGUUCCUGGAGCCAGAGCUUCACGUGGUUGAAAAUGUUGAUUGCUGCUUUGGGGAGGUGCACAGGUUUCCAAUCAUCUGAUAAGCUGUUGAAGGUAUUUUGGAUACUAUAAUGGAGGAGGCUGCCAACAAGAACAUCCAGGUGGAGCUGGAUUGUGGGAUCCAGCAACUACAGACUGGGGUCUUCCAGCUCAAAGUGUCAUCAGAACAAGACAAUGUGCUACAGUCAGGAAACUCUACAGAACAACCUGUACCUGUAACUCGGGACAAGAAGCGAAAGGAAGAAACCACGCUGCUAAACCAUCAAAAGGUCAAACAGGUCGAAACCCCUCAGAAAAAGAAAAGUAAAGUGUGGUGCAAUAAGCACAUGGCCGAAGCUGAGAGGGUUGGAGAGAGGCAGAACAAUGACCGAGAUGGAAGAGAGAAGAACUCUGGAGAACGACAGUGCCUGUCUUCAGAAGAGCAGCUCUGGCGGGAAGUGGACUGGUGCAUUGAGCAACUAGAACUUGGGUUACGCACUCAGAAAGCCAAACCAAAACAAGCUGAGCAGGCUGUUCGUGCACUGAAAACCCUCCGCAGUGAGAGAGCCCCACUUGUGAAGAAACGGCAGGUGAUGAGGUCCAUUUUUGGAGACUACAGGAAAAAGAUGGAAGAGGAUUGGCAGAAACAGUUUAAAUCUAUGCUUGCAGCUACAAAAUCUGCCAGCAUCAAACCAGUUGGAACACAGACAAAGAGUCAAAUCUUUCGGAAAUCAGUGAGCAGUUCGAAAAAAGUUGUGGAUUUCUCUGAAUCUCACUCCAUGAAAUCCGAGGGAAGCACAGUUCAAUGUGUGCAUGAUGAGGACCACCAAAGUCACUUCCGGUUUAAUUUCUUCUGAGUAAUGUAUAGUAAUUGAAGUGUGUGCAACCAAACCUGUGUCACAGGGCUGGGGAGCCAGCAUCUGAGUUUCCUAUUGCAGGAUUUUCCCCUUGAAUACUUCUUCUGCCGAGCUGAAAACAAGGAUUGCUUGUGUGGAUUUGGACCACCUCAUUUGCCAUUAAAGACUGAUGCAUUGAGACAUUGUGCAAACAGCCUGUUUGAAAGUUUUUUGGUGAAUGUUCUCUGCCAGAUCAUUUAAGAGAAAUGUAUUAGAGUCUCUCCUGCCCUCCUUUAAAUACCUUUCAGUCCCCUCCACUCCGAACCAGAGAAGAAUUAGUGAGAUUGUCUGUAUGGAGACGGCUGCUGCAGAAUUCAGGUUUCCUGUUCACUUACCUUGGACAGACAUUGAAAUCAGUGAUAAUUUAAUCUGUUAUCAGUUUAGUGUUAAAUAGCAGGUUUUACAGGCAGCAGGAAACUGACUGCCUCUCCUGUAGACUGAACUUGAGAUGGAAGCUUGUUUUAACUAUUAGCUGUUGAGAAUACAGGUGUUGCACUAGGAGUCUUUAUUUUUCAGUUGUUUGAGUGGUGUGUUCACUCUUGUAUUAGCCCAGAACUAAAUUCCAUCUGUAUUCAUGUGCUAACAGGGAAUAGUUUUUUUUACCCUGUAAAAUUAAUCCUGGUGCACUUACUGUACUCCAUUGUUCUUCAUGGCACAAGUAGGAGUGAAGUAAAGGACUACUUUGAGUCAGUUGCUGAUUUCAAUAUUACAAACUGAACAAUUCUCUCUCUAUGCCAGCAUAGGCAAACAUUUUGUCCUGAGGGCCAUGUCACAUCUUGAAGAUAGAAGUUGUAUUUUGAGGUUGGGUGAGUGUUCGUGUGUGCAAUAUAAAUGCUCAAAAAACAGAGAUUGCAAUGAAGAAUUUUGGUAUAUAAACAGACUUUUUAUUGUGAUAAUUGUACCUUAAUUCCAAUACAAUAAAAUCAAAUGUACUCUUA